UUCGCGGAGGCCGGCGACGGGGACGCACGCCUAGCGCGGUCCUGGGCUGGGUCAUAGCGCGGGUCGGGUUCCGUGCGGCCUGAGGGGGAGACGCGGUCGGAGUGGGAGGGAGAGUCCGCACCCGCGAGGUGGAAGAAGACGGGCUUUAGGUUGGAAGAGCCAUAGAGGAGCCACUUUGCAGUCCACUCGUCGUCCCUCCUGGUGCCCAGGACCUUCUAUUAGAGUUUACAAAGCUUUAGAGACACCACUACCAAGAAUGGCCGAGCCUGGGCACCGACUUGGCGCGAAACACUUCUAAGAGUUUACAGCAAAGGAGUCCCGCGUUACAGAUGAGGAAACGGGUAUCCAGGAUGACUCAUUUGAUUUUGUGUGAACCAAUAGAACUUUACAACAUCUUGAAUCAGGUCACAAAGCUAUCCAGAUUAACUGAACCCAACUAUCUCUGUCUAUUGGAUGUGCGUUCCAAACGGGAGUAUGAUGAAAGCCACGUGAUUACAGCCCUUCUUGUAAAGAAGGUAAUGUUCCAGACCCUGGGGAUACAGCAGAAUACAAGGUGCCCUUCAUCCACUGUCCCUGCCCGCGUGGGGCAUCUCUUCUCCUCGGGGAGCAGACAGAAACGACAAUACGUGUGGUGCUCUGGACACACGGCUGUCCGAGACCCAGGGACGGGUAUGCUUUGUGCAUCGUUGUAUCCCGGUGCUCAGCCUGGUCCCUGGCAUCUGAGGGCAGGUGAAUAUCUCAUCCCGGAGUCUGUGGAUCUGCAGUGUGUGCAAUACUGUGUGGUAUAUGACAAUGCCACCAGCUCCCUGGAGGUAACCCUAAGAGACGACAGCAGUAAUGGCAACACUGAUGAUGGAGAUCAAGAUAUUGUGCUUGGAGCUGCCGUUGAGUGUGGCAGAACCCUGACCCACCUCACCCGCCACCCCAUCCACAUCCUGAGAGGAGGCUAUGAGCGCUUCUCAGCCAUGUACCAGUUCUUCCGGACACAGAAGAUCAUCUGGAUGCCGCAGGACCUGGAUGACUUCCAGCCAUACCCUGUUGAGAUAAUACCAGGCAGGAUCUACCUGGGAAAUUUCAGGCAAGCCUGUGACCCUAGAAUUCAGAAGGAUUUGAAAAUCAAAGCACAUGUCAACAUCUCCAUGGAGACAGGGCCGUUUUUUGUAGGUGACUCCGACAAGCUUCUGCACAUCCAGAUAGAAGAUUCCCUGGAAGCCAACAUUACACCUUUUUUACGCCACAUCUGUCACUUCAUUGAAGUUCACCUUGAGCUUGGCUCUGUCAUCCUGGUCUUUUCCACCAUGGGCAUCAGUCGCAGCUGUGCGGCCAUCUUGGCCUACCUUAUGCACCAGAAUGAGCAAACCCUAAAGAGGUCCUGGGCCUAUGUCAAGAAGUGUAAAAACAACAUGCGUCCAAAUCGGGCUUUUGUGGCUCAGCUGUCAGAGUGGGAGAAGGUUGUCCUUGGAGACAUCAUCACAGACAUCUUGGAUCCACUCUACUGAUUUUCUCUGUGGCCCAUCUAUGGGUCCAGAAGAACCUGACUUGGGGGCUUUUUGUGGGUCAUGGGCCAGGGUGUGUAACCAGGAAUGAGAAGGCCUUUGCUGCCUAGAGCCUUGUGUCAGCCUCUCGCAGUGGUUCUUCCUGGGUUCCUUAUUUGCGCCAACACAGCAGGGGCUCAGACUCAGCUAGAGCCGCCAUCCCCUGGGCAUCCUGGACACCCCCACUGCAUUCCUGAGGCUGCCUCUGGAGGAGCAGCGGGCUGCCAGAGCCACUGUCCCACAUAUCCCCCAUA